CAGAACCUGUUAAUUACAUUUUUGGGACCCCUGAUUCAAAGGCAAAGUGCUAAUGACAGAAAAUUGGCUAUAAAAUGAAAAAUAAAUGGUUUCAUGGACAAAUAAAAUGAUAGAUCAGAUGGACAGACAGAUGGCAGAAAGAGACAUACUGGGAAAAUAUGGCUCAGACUGAAGUGCUUUCUUACAGGACCCUGCAGAAUUUGAUGGGUCAGGAAGCUGGAAAACCCACAUGGCCAAAACCAGCAGGAGGCUAUCAAACUAUUACAGGGAGAAGAUAUGGAAGAAGACAUGCCUAUGUCAGUUUUAGACCAUCUCUGAUGAAUCAAGAAAGAUAUUCAAACCAACACACAGAAGAAUGUGAAGGAUUAGAACUAGACAGUGUUCUAAAAGAAAAUUUAUUGUGUUCCAAUCCACAUGUUCCAGUAUGUUCUCCGUUGGUAGAUGCAUCAUUAUUACCAAAUGGUGGAUCAGAAGAACCUGUUUCUGAAGCUGAUUCUAGCCACGCUAUCAACAUAGAUACUUCCAUGUUUUCUCCAACAUGCUACAAUUUGUGUGAUCACCAAAAUGUUGCCAACAAUGAGAAUUCUAAUGACAAUGUGGAGUCUACUUCUGAAGAGAGCAAUAAUAUUCAUGGCCAGAAUGGAAUUGCCUUUGUAAACAUUGACUCUUAUGAACCAGACAGCAGUGAUGGAGAGGAAGAUGGUUUCCAAAGUGCUAUCACAUUAGCUAAAGAAGAAACAGGACUAUUUCAAGAAAAACUGGACAAUAUGCUUUCCAGGUUAGAAAAAGAUAUGGACUCCUUCAGUGAUCUACAGUCACAUCUGCCUAGUUUCAGUCAUACCAUAAGUAAAAGUUUUGAAGAUCUUAGACUAGUGCCUUUUAGAAGACUUUCUAGCAUAGAAUCAGAUACUGUUUGUCAAAAUAAGUCACUUUCAAAAAUAUCAAAUGAAGAAACUUUAGCAAAAAAUAACCUUGUUUCUACUUACGAUUUAGAACAGAGAAACAGUAGUACAGCUGAGCCUACAAUUAGGACACAUGUAGGAAUUUGUAAUGCACUGAGUACUACAAACAUGAAGAUGGACCAAGAGAAUUCAGCUGAAUUGGUAGUAAGACCCAAAGUUAGAAAACAGAAUCCUGUUAACGAGAUUGAUAAAAAACAGUCUGUAAUGAAUGAAGAGGAAGAAAAAAGAAGUAGUAAAAUGUGGACUGAUAAUGUGGAUGACCAGCAAUGCAAUGCUGAAAUUACCUCAAAGCAUAAUAAAGAAAAAAAAUCUAAUAUGAUUUUUGACCCCAAAGAGUAUGAAUUGCCUGAAAAGAAAGUAAAAAAUGAACCAAGGAAACAAAAUACAAGUCUUCAAGAAAAAAAUAAAAUAGAUGAUAGUGCUUUUUGGGACGAAUUUGAAGAUUGUGGUAGAAACCUAUCUAGUUCCAACAAAGAUGAAGAUGACAGCUCAGAAUGCAGUGAUGGUGAAUGGUCGGCAUCCCUGCCUUCUUAUUUUUCUGUGACUGUGAAAGAUCAGUCUUCCAGUGAUGAAAGCUGGGAGACACUUCCAGGCAAAGAGGAACAGGAACCUGAAGAGCAGAGUGAUAGCAGUGGUGUGGAAGAGGAACAUAAUGAAUUCGGUUUCCAAUCACGGGAACAGACCUCUCUAGAGGAUGGAGAGAUUCCUUGGUUGCAGUACCAUGAAGAAAUUGAAAGUAGCAGUGAUGAAGAAAAUGAUCAAGCUAGCCAUUUUGUACAUCCUGGCUUUUUUAUGUUAGAUGGGAACAACAAUCUAGAAGAUGAUUCCAGUAUGAGUGAAGACCUAGAUGUUGAAUGGAGGCUACUUGAUGAAUUUGGGGAUGGUCUUGGGGUUGCUCAAGCAAUUUCAUAUGUGGAUCCCCAGUUCCUUACUUAUAUGGCCUUGGAAGAACGAUUGGCACAGGCUAUGGAGGUAACGAGCAUGUUCAUGGAAAUGACUUAUCAGCGUCUACAGACCGCUCUGGCACAUCUAGAGUCUCUUGCAAUUGAUGUUGAGCAGGCUCAUCCACCAGCUAGUAAAGAGAGCAUAGAUUGUCUGCCCCAAAUUAUUAUUACGGAAGAUCACAACGCUGUAGGGCAAGAGCAGUGUUGUGCUAUUUGUUGUAGCGAGUACAUCAAAGAAGAAAUUGUAACAGAGCUUCCAUGUCGCCACUUCUUUCACGUGACAUGCAUAACGCUUUGGUUAAAAAAGUCUGGAACAUGUCCUGUGUGCCGCCAUGUGCUUCCUCCUGGGCUCUCAGAGUCAUCCGCUCCCAUAUUCACCUUCUUGCCCGAUCAGGAUUCUACUCCUUCAGUCCAGAGUGCCUCGGGAACACAAUAAAGGAAUACCUGAACAAGAAUUUAGCCCAUCACAUUGUACUGUAAAGUUCUUUUAUUUAAUGAUAACAUGAAAUUGGUUUUGUAUGUGCGCCUGUGUAUAUGGCAUACUGUACACACAUACACAAAAACAUGUAGAAAUUCCAACACACAUUUUGCAAGAAUAUACAAGCUUACAAAACGGUUUAGAAUUAUAAUAAGAAUAACAGAAGAUUGCACUAGUUUUCUGUGAUAAACCUAUUGCUCUUAACUUAUGUCUAAUGGUAAUUAUUCAGUUUGUCUUGAAAAAUAAUCAUUAAUGUGGCACUUAUAUUCAAAGUAAUGCAGCUGCAGUGCAGUUGGAGCUUACACAAGUUAUGCAUAUGAUAUGUUCUACAUAAUAUAAUUUUAGAGGCUGGGGUUAUUUCUUUUAAAAUAGUGCCACUUAAUUACUUUGUAUAUAACUCUUUCAUAUUUGCAUCAAAUGUGAAGAUGUUCUGUGAUAACAUCAGUAGCAUACUUUGGUUUCACUGAAAAUAAACAGCAUAUAAUCAAAGAAUUACCCUGUGAUUUCAUCAUGACCUCUGUGUGCAUGAGAGCUUUUGUGACUAGUACAAAAUAGGUUUAAUUUGGAUUAUUUUACACAGUUCAAAAUCUGCACUUUCACAUUUCCGAUAUAAGAAUUGAGGAAAAAGCAAUGGAAUUAUAGAAGGAUUAUAGAGCUAAAUGAUUUGAUAUUAGAAGAAUCAGCAAUAGCCUUUCAUUGGAGCGACCGAAGUUGAAAUCAGGAUAGGCACAUUUUCAUAAGUACAAGUAUUGCAAAGCUGUAAUAUCCAUCUAAUACUGAUACACAAUGGAAAUCAGGUGAGCUCUUAUUAGAACAGCAAAACAGCUUCGAAGUGUAUUUUCUUUAUGUAUUUAGUUUCUGCCUCCUUAUAGUAUUGUUUUGAGUGAAACUGCAGUUCAUUUCAGUAAAAUACUGAAUUAACCUAUUAACUGUAUUCACUACUAUAUAUUACAGAGAGAUUAAUCAAAACGAAAGUUUUUAAGUGUUAGAAAUUAGUUUCUUAAUUAAAUAGAGAUAUAGCAUACAUUAAAUGGAGAUAGGGUAUAGGUUAUUUUAUUGUACAGUGCCAUAAGAUAUGCUUUCAGAGGUCCUACCCAGGUCUUUUUCAAUUAAUUUAAUACUAGCUGGAUUGAGCCUUUAUAGAAAAAGAAUCUAUUUAAUGGCUACAUUUUUUUCUUCUUAACUGUAGUUAGAAUCUAUCUUCCAUUUUUCCCCCCAGGAAAAAUACAUUUUGCAAAAAAAAAGCACAGUGAAGGCUUGUUGGAAAUCAGUUGAGGGAAUAAUCCAGUGUUUUAUCCACAAGGCCAUCAGCUAACAAUUUCUAGGGUAGAAGAGAAAAAAACAGUUGGGCUCUGUUUCAAAAUGGAACAGACUAAUUAUUAUUAAGACUUCCAGAGCAUUAUUGCACUCCCACUCUUGCAAACUCUUGCCUUGCUGAAGACAUCACCUUACCAUUUUUUCAGGACUAAAGAAAAAGGAAAUUAUGUUGCUAGUUGCCUAGUUACAAGAUGUUUUCUUUCAUCUUUUCUAAAAAGACCAGCUAAAAAUUUUACCAUAGUGCAGGGGUCUCCAACCUUGUUCCCUUUAAGACUUGUGGACUUCAACUCCCAGAGUCAAAUACCUGACCUUCGGACCUUCCGCCGCGAAUUAAAAACACAUUUAUUUAUUCGCGCGGGGCUGGCUUAAAUUUUAUUGGUUUUAAAUUUUUAUUAUUAAUUUUUAGUGGGUUUUAGUUUUUAUGUUCCAAAGUUUUAGGCCAAUUAUGUAAUAAGUUUUUUAAUUCGUAUUUUAAUUGUAUAUUACAUUGUCUGUUUUACCUUGGCUGUACACCGCCCUGAGUCCUUCGGGAGAAGGGCGGUAUAAAAAUUGAAUAAAUAAUAAUAAUAAUAAAAUAAUAAAAAGCUUUCUGUGGCUAAAAAAGGAAUUCAUCUUAACGUCCACUAUGGCAGGGAUCUCCAAACUUGGUCCCUUUAGGUUCCCCUGGCUUCUUGGUGACAUAAAUCUAUGGUGACAAAUAUUGGGUAUUUUCUAUUCUCCGCAAUAUAAAAGAUGCUUCGUGAAAACUAAAUUUCAUAGACUUCCGAAAUAAACAGGCAAUCUGCAAUUAAACUGUAUUGCAACUGUGUGACUUUUUGUACAAGUAUAUAAUCUAGGGAUAUAAUUAAAGUAUAUGACCAUACAGCUCACAUAUAUUCUGUAUUGCAGAAAUAAAGCUGCAGAGAACUACAUUCUGUUCUUUCUACUUUCAUUAGGAUACCCUCAUAAGUCUAAGUGCUAUUGCUAUUACUAAACAGGCUUACAUGCUUUAUUGCUUUAACAUCUUAUAGUUUCCAAUGUUGAAAGAAGUACCUUUAAACAGUAUUAUGGCAAUGGUUAGUUAAGUUGUAACUACUUGUAACCUGAGGAGUAAGCAUACAGCAGAUUCCGUGUUGUAAUGUUUCUUUCAAUUUGAGGACUGAAGUCUGUAAGUUGAACUCGAAAGAAGCAAAAAACAGCUUUCUUUAAACUUCAUAGGAGAUAAAUACAAAGAUUGAUCCUAGCACCUGUGAUGAGCUAUUAGUCCAUAAAUCUCAUGGAAAACUCAGUAAACAGAGAUAUUGUGUCAUGUUAAUUUUCCACCCUGCAUUUUUGCAUCUGAACAGCCAUUCAACCAGUACUGUAUCUAUAGAAACAGAAACAGAAUCUAAGGUAAUGACUGCCAUGAGCAUAUGGGAACAAAUUUUAUAUUCCUGUCUGGCCAUAUAAACAGAGGGAAUAUAUAUAUGUAUAUCAACAAAAUGUCUGCAACUCUUAGCCAAUCCUAACAACCAGAAGCUACAUAGAGAAGAAAAGUUUGUAAUUCUCUCCAUUGAUAGAAGAAAGGUUCUGUACAAUCAAGAUUUCAGCCAUUUGAAUUGGGGUGCUGAAAGCUGUGUUGGGAAAGUAACGCAUCUACUAGAACUAAGUGUUGAGUGCUCAGGGAAAUAGCUUUUAGCAGGCAAAUAAUGAGUCCACCAAUCCAAGAGCUGAUUCGGACCAAUAGGAACUAUUUCUAAAUCUAAAUUAAUUGGGUUUGUGUUCCUCUAGUAUUAGAUUAGCUUUUUCUUGUAUUGCCCUAAUGCCACCAUCAGUUUUAUUCCCUAGAAAACUUUCUUUUUGGAUAAUAGCCUUUGGGAUGUUGUCUAUAUAAACUUAACAUGCUGCCUUUUAUAAAUAUUGAAAUAAAUCCCAAAUACUGCAAACAACAUUUUUUUGUACAGAAAUCCUUUGGCAUGCUGCUUCGGCAGCAGGUAAACUGCCUUUCCUCUGUUGUCUCUAAAACUUUGACCCCAUUGGCUCCCCUUUCAUUAGAAAUCAAAUUUCUCUUGGCCUGUAAAACUGUUGUUCACAGCUCUAAUAAGUGUCAUUUCAUCCAAAUUUGAAUUUGAGAAUUUUCUUUUAGCCUUUUCUGUCUUUAGGAUUAGAAAUGUUAAGUAGGAUAACCACAGUGGGUAGAGUUGAUUAUAUUUUGGAUGUAUUUCUAUAGCCCAGUAGUGGGUUUCCAAUUUAUUUUACUACCAGUUCUGUGGGUGUGGCUUGGGCGUAGCAUGGCUUGGUGGGCGUGGCAGGGGAAGGAUAUUGUAAAAUUUCCAUUCCCUCCUCAAUCCAGGGAAAGAUUACUGCAAAAUUCCCAUUUCCUCCCAACCAACUAGGUCUUGGGAGGCAGAGAAUAGAUGGGGGCGGUGCCAGUCAGAAUUUUUACUACCGGUUCUCCGAACUACUCAAAAUUCCUGCUACCGGUUCUCCAGAACUGGUCAGAAUCUGCUGAAACCCACCUCUGGUAUAGCCCACCUUUCCGUUACAAGCUAAAAAUGACAUGUAUAAGCACUCUGCAACCUUGCAAAACCUGUUAGGUUAAGGGAGAGUGGUGGGUUCAAGGUCACCUACUGGGCCUUCAUAGCUAAGGUUGGACUUGAUUAGACCAACUUAACCAGGAUGCCACAUGGGUUUUAUUGUUUGAACAGGUGCCUCAGAUUUUGUGUAGGCUAAAGGCCCAAUAGAGACCUUUUAAAGGAUAGCUUUCCUCAAAUUAAGAUAAAGAAUAAUUGAGCACAACAGAUACCAUACGCUCCUACAAGAUGCUACCAGUUUCACCCUUUAAAUCCUAGUACACACCUCCAUUCUAGUAACAUCCGUCAUUAGCUACAACCCCUUUAAGCUCAUAGAAGGAUAUAAGCCUUUUGGAAUUGCUUCCCUGGCUUUAAAAAAUUGCACAACCUUGUGCUAUGAUGUGAGCAUGUACACUAAACUAAUUUUCUCUGUGUAAAAUUGAACUACUUUCUCCAUGCUUUCUGGUCG